UGAACUGUAGUAAAAAUGGCACUCAGUACACAAGAUUCUAAUAUUGAUGGGGAAGAAGAUUUGCGCAAUCAAUGGUAUGGAGUCAGAGAAGCUACAUUAUUUCUUGUCGACGCAACAUAUAAAAUGUUUGAAGUAGAACCAGAAGUCAAACCAACCUCAAACCAAAAAUUGUUUCAGCUAUAUAAGCAAAUUCUUCGACAGAAACUAGCAUGGAGUAUGAAAGAUUGGAUGGGUGUAGUGUUAUUUGGUACUGAAGAAAGUGAUGCAAACUCAGAAUGGAAACAUAUUCAAAAUUUACAAGAACUACGAGCUGUUACCUUGGAUGAUUUAAAACAAAUUAGAAAACUAACUAAAAGUGGCAUAAAAGGUUAUCGGAGUAUGGAAUCUAAGGAUGCUUACCCUCUUCACGAUGCAUUAGCAUACGCCAUGGAUAUUUUCUUGAAAAUAAAAACGGUUCUUACCAAACGCAGGAUAGUCCUGAUUACUUCUCACAUCGCAAAACUUGCUGAUGAUGAAAAGCAUCGCAUCAGAUCAAUGGCAGCAUCUUUAAAGGAUGUGGACAUUAAAUUAUACGUAAUUGGUUUGGGAAAAAAUUGGGUACAAGAUCAAUUCUAUAAAGAUUUAGAGAUGCUGUCGAGAAAGACGGACAUAGAUGUUUACAAAAUGACACGUGAUGUAGAUUUAGUACAACAAAUUAAAGCACCUUCCAAAAACAUCGCGCGCUUAUACUUAAAAAUAUCAGACAAUUUGGAACUUGAUGUGGUGAUCCGUACUCUUGGCAGAAAACGUAGAUGCUUGCAAACAAAGCCAUUGAGUAAAGCUACUAAUCAAGUUUUGUCAAGAUCGACAUAUUUUAGAAAUGAAGAUUCUAAUGAUGAGGAAAAUAGUGACAAUGAGGAACUUAAUUUACCUUUUAUGAUACCAGAAGAAGUUAAUUUGCAAACUAAAGAGUUAAUCGGUCGAAAGUUGCGUUUUACGCAAAAAGAACUUUCCCGAAUAAAGCAUGUACAUCCACCUGGAAUCAAGAUAAUUGGCACAAAACCAAUCCCUGACGAUCUCUUUAGAUAUCACGUUAAACGAAAGUAUUUCAUUAGAGCCGAUUGUGGUAGCACUCGUAAAGAUAAUUUAUUAUUUUUCGGCGCUUUAUUGAAUAAGUGUGCUAUUAAAGGAAAAAUGAUCGUUUGCAUGUUUACACUGCGGAUGAAUACUCAAACUAAUCUCUGCUACAUGACAAAUGCUGAAUUGGGUGGCUUUUAUCUAUCAAAAAUUGCAUACGAAGGUAAUAUAGGAGAUAAGAGCGAAGCAUUGCAUCAUUAUGAGGCACAGAACUGGGUAACUGACGAAGAAGUGGCGCUAUGGAAAGAAACAAUCAACAAGCUUAAUAUGCAAUAUCAUCCUUAUCAAUUCAGAUCUUACAAAUUGGAAUGUCAAAUACAAAUAGUAGAGAAGUUAGCUCUGGAUAAAAAACGUCCUCCACCAAGUGAUCAAUUGAGCAGUCAUGUAAGAAGCAAUAGGGUAAUGCCUAAAUUUAAGGAAAUGUAUCCUAAUAUGGAUAAAUCUGAUGGCCCACAAAAAGCUAAAAGGAUUAAGAAGAGCAAGUAGGAAAUAUAAUUAUUAUGCAUAAUAUGUUAAAUUAUAUUUUAUAAAGAAAAUGAUAUUGAUUUUCGAAGAGAGAAAUUACAUUUAAAAUACAUGAUUUUAUAUAAUUUAUAUAUAGAAAGAAUCAUUUCUUAAUAGAGCAAAUGCUCCCUGAUGAAUUGAAACCCUGGUGGCUAAAGGGAAAAAUAUAUAUUAUAUUUUGAUAUACAUAUAUAUUUUAUAUUUCACAAAAUAUUGUAAUCUCACAAAGUUAUCAAAUUCGUGUUCCUUUUAAUAAAAUAGUGAAAAUAUA